AUGUAUGAGAGAAGACGCCAUUCAUCAAGCACCGAAGGUGCAGAACUAACACCAUCGGGGACCAACAUACCUCAAGCGAUUCGCCGGAGCCAAGAGCCGGAUAACAACAUCACCGGAGGCAAUGAGGCUAUAGCAAUCCCCAACCCGCUUUCUCCCAUCGAAACCAGCUAUCUCCCACCGAACCGAACUCAACCGAAACACGUCUUGCCGCCAACCAAGAGCAACCAAUCGAAACCGGGCGUGUGGGCGCCACGGAAGGGGUCCGGGCACUUGUUAGAAUAUGACAGCUAA